AUGAGGAUCAUUGAAUGGCGUGUUAUUGUUCCAAUGACAGUACAACAGUAUCAAAUAGCUCAAAUAUAUGCUGUAGCAAAGAAAACACUUGAAGAUUCAAAUGAUAAGGAAGGAAUUGAAAGAACUUCAAGUGAAAUGAGGAAGUAUAAUGAAAAGGAUGCAUUGUACUCUCAGUAUAUAUACAGUUUUGCAAACAAAUUGCCAUCUGCUUUAAGAUGGGUACUUCCAAACACAUUAUCAACUUUAGUUGAAGACUGUUAUGACCAAUUCCCAUAUCAACAUUCUCAUUUCGUACUAAAAGAUAAUGAGAAGACAUUGAACAUGACGGUUACAACAGUUGUUUCAGAAUUCCAAAACAAUGAAGAAAAUCUCAUCAAGAAUGAUGCAGAAUUAUAUACAAAGGAAGAGCUUGCUAAAAGAGAAAUCCAUUAUAUUGACAUUGUUAACUGGCCAACUGAAGAAGAAGGUGUAAAAGUUGGUGAAUUUGAAUGUCCUCAGGCAAAUAUUGAAAAAUUGCCAAAAGCCACUGUAAACAAUAAAGACACUUUACCAGAGUGGGUAAAGGAAUACAAGGGACCAAUGGUUAUCGCAAGAAAGAUAAUCCGAAUCAAUAUUGACAUAUUUGCAAUCGGUGGUCCCACUGAGGAAUUCAUUGGCAAGCAGUUUAUGCCAAAUAUAUACGCAAACUCUCACCAGAGAAUGGUUUUAACAGCUCCUUCUUGGUUUGACAUCGACCUGAAGAAGGCAAGAGAAUAUGAAAGCGACUGCUAUCAGAAAGUUCAAAAUAUGUUAGCAUCCGAAGUUGCUCCAUCCCAUAAUGUUUUUUAUUUUAUAUAUUUUUAA